AAGGGUUCACACAGGACACAGGAUCAGAGCACCAGACGUCUGUCAGGUUAAGGGACGAGGGGAGGAGGGAGGAGCCAUGUUUAAAAACGCCAGAGGGGCGCUGCUGCUGCUCCUGCUGAGCGCCCCCUGGUGGGGGGUGCGCCCCACGGACGUCCCCGCCGUGUCCUACGAGUUCACUGCUUACAGGAUGCAGCAUUACGACCUCCAGCAGGAGAAACACGGUUGCCGUAGCACCGUGGUGGUGGGCGAGGGCCGCUGGGUGGACGACGUGGGCCUGCAGCGGCGCUGCGCGAUCAUGCGGCUGCCGGACUUCACCGCGGACCGCUACCGCGAGGCACUGCGCCAGAGAGCCGCGGCCGUCCUCAUCCUGUUGCCUGGCAACAUAUCCGCCGUCCCCCAGGAGAACAUGCAGAGCUUCAUGGUCAGUGAAUGGGAGGCGCUGCAGGAGGAGACGCUCAUGCCCGUGUACAUCGCCCAUGAGGACGAGCAGCUCCUCUUCAUGUACGACCAGCUCAAAAUGGCCGCCGCUGCCCGGGGCUCCUCCAUUCUGGUGCGAGUGUUCUCCAGCAUGUUACUAACAAGUGGGUUCCAGAUUACUGUGAGCAACACCUCUCCUGUCAAACCCAUCACCGACACGGCCAUCGUCACCCUGGAGGGAGUACUUCCUGGAGCGGGAGUGGACCCGCCCACCAUCAUCAUCACAGCUCACUACGACUCGUUUGGCCUCGCCCCCUGGCUGUCGUACGGAUCGGACUCCAACGGCAGCGGGGUGGCCGUCCUGCUCGAGCUGGCCCGCCUGUUCCAGCGCCUCUACAGCGACCCCCGCAGCCACGCCCCGUACCACCUGCUGUUCUCGCUGACCGGCGGGGGCAAGUACAACUUCCUGGGGACCAAGCGCUGGAUUGAGGAGAAUCUGGACCAUGCCGAGUCCAGCCUCCUCCAGGACAACGUGGCGUUUGUGCUGUGUCUGGACACGCUGGCCAAUGGGGACGGACUCUUCCUCCACGUGUCCCGCCCCCCCAAACCCGGCACCCCUCAGCACACCUUCAUCCAGGAGCUGGAGCAGGUGGUCUCUUCCCGCUUCCCCUGGGUGAAGGUGGGACUGGUCCAUAAGAAGAUCAACCUGGGGGAGUCGGCGGUGGCGUGGGAGCACGAGCGCUACAGCAUGCGACGGAUCCCCGGCUUCACCCUCUCCCACCUGGACGACCCUCGGGCCGAGCAGAGGGGCUCCAUCUUAGAUACCAUCUCCCAAACGGACAUCAGGAAGCUGAAACGGAACACAGUCAUCGUGGCUGAGUCCCUCGCUCGAUUCAUGUACAACCUCUCAGACAAGGGGACUCCGAAGGAGCUGCAGGUGUUUAAAGGCCAAAUGGUAAUGCUGCAGCCGUCUGUAUGCGAUGAGGUUGAGUUCCUGUCCUCGGUUCCCCGGGCGACGCAGCUGCUGGACCGCGAACCAGGUCCGGUCCUCCUGGUGAACUCCCUGGAGCAGCAGCUCAACCGCUACCUGAAGCAGGUCCUGAGACACACCUUCCGCAACGCCGGUGGAGAUCCAGAGCUCACCUUCUUUGACCAGAUGAACCAGCCCAUGAUGAUGUACAGGGUGAAACCGGCAGCGUUUGACCUCUUCCUGGGCGGCUGCAUCACUGUGUACAUCGCGGUCAUUUACUUCGCCAUUCAGAGUUUUGGACACGUGUACACCAAGCUCACCAAAAUGGCUCUGAGGCCCAAGCAGCAGUGAGACCCACCUGCAGUUGGUGCACUGGAGCUGGGGAAGAGAGAGCAGGAAACAGCCAGGAUGUGGCUGAGUGUAGGCCCCAGUGGAGAGGAGUGGCCCUUGGCAUUACCAACAGCGAUCACCAACUGUCAUCAAAUGGACAGAGCGCACAUUCAAAAGCUUUUGUUGUUUCACUGUAUUCAAACAUUUUAUAAGUUUGUUUUUUGAAAGGCAUGUUUUGAUUAAAAAAAAAGAUCACCAG